UAUACAUGGAAUAAAAUGAGAUGAGCUUCCGAAGGUGUAAAGAGUUCUACUUGCAUGCCUGCACCAGGCAUAAUUCUGCAUCAAGGCUUUCCUCAUUUGGGCAAUGACAACUAUACAGUUCAAACAAACUGAAAACAACCGGAUUUGACAAGGUUUUCUUGUAGUUUUAUAUGUUUUGAAUCAGUUGAGAAGUCAAAGCUGAACAAAAUGUGAUGUAAUUCAGUUCAAAUUAUAAUAUAGGUUUCAGUGAGUUAGUACAUUAAGGAUAAACUUUUCAAGCUACACUUAACAUGGUGCUAUGACUGUCAAACAGUUCGGAUUAGCUGGUGCAUUGGAAACUCUAUGCGGGCAAGCUUACGGAGCAGAGCAAUAUCAAACAGUUCGGACUUACACUUACUGUGCCAUCAUUUCCUUGAUUUUGGUCUGUCUCCCUAUAUCCUUUCUAUGGAUGUUCACGGACAAGCUUCUUAUCCUUAUAGGCCAAGACCCUUCAAUCUCCCAUGUCGCUCGCAAAUACUCUAUUUGCCUCAUUCCUAACUUGUUUUCAUAUGCUAUACUUCAAGCGCUGAUUCGCUACUUCCAAACUCAGAGUUUGAUCCUUCCAAUGCUGUUUAGUUCAUUUGCCUCUCUGUGUUUCCAUAUAACUCUUUGUUGGGCUCUAGUGUUUAAAGCAGAAAUGGGAAUCAUAGGAGCAGCAUUAGCCAUCAGUUUAUCAUAUUGGUUGAAUGUUAUCUUGCUUGGGUUAUACAUGAAGUGCUCUUCCGAAUGCGAAAAAACUCGUUCUGUGUUCUCGAAGGAUGUCUUCUUUGGCAUAAGGGAGUUCUUUCGCUUUGCUGUUCCUUAUGCAGUAAUGACUUGUCUUGAAUGGUGGUCUUAUGAGGUACUUAUUUUACUAUCUGGGCUGUUACGAAAUCCUAAAGAGGAGACCUCUGUGCUUUCUAUAUGCUUCACAAUCACCUAUCCGCAUUACUUCAUUCCUUACGGGUUUGGGGCCACAGCAAGCACCCGGGUUUCGAAUGAAUUAGGAGCUGGGAAUUCUCAGGCAGCUAAGAUGGCUGUCUGGGCCAUAAUGGUUAUUGCAAUCACCGAGGAGAUUAUUAUAAGCACAGCUCUCUUCUUUUGUCGCCACAUUAUGGGAUAUGCAUUCAGCAGCGAGAAGCAAAUUGUAAAUUAUGUUGCAGAUAUGGUUCCUUUCAUUUGUCUGUCAGUUAUCAUGGACUGCUUACAAUCAGUACUUUCAGGGGUUGCUAGAGGAAGCGGGUGGCAGAAGUUCGGAGCCUACGUGAAUCUUGCGGCGUAUUAUCUGGUUGGGACACCGGUAGCAGCUGUGUUGGCUUUUGUUUUACACUUAAGGGCGAAGGGCCUUUUGAUUGGAUUGGCAACAGGAUAA